AUGUCUGAGGUCAAGCGUACCGUCAAGUUUAUUACUUCUUCUUCUAUCUUGAAGAACCGCAAGCCGGCUGCCGAGGGUUUCCCUAUGCGCAAAUGGUCAAUCAGGAUUAUGUGUGAAGAUGCCCAUGGCCGCGACGUGCCAGCAACAUUCCUCGAGAGAGUUACAUACACCCUGCACCCUACAUUCGCAGAGCCUAUCCGAAAGCUGGACCAGGCACCAUUUUUGAUUGAGGAAGAGGGAUGGGGAGAGUUUGAUAUCUCUGUUACUUUGCACUAUGCUGGCGGUGCGGGUGAGAAGGUUAUUCCACACGAUCUUCACUUCCAGGCGCCCAAAUACGAGAAGAAGCACGUUCUUACAUUCAACAACCCUCGAUCCUCAUUCGCGAGAAUACUUGCCGAGACCGGCCCAGUACCCGGCCAAGCCCCCGGUGGCCGCGCAGACGACGACUACUCAUUGAAGAAGGAGAAGCGCAAGCUCGAGGGCCACGAGAACGCCAAGAAGAAGAGCAAGUCCGAUAGACCCGUGAAUAUGGAAAAGUUGGCGGCAGGAUUGGAAAAGCUCGGUGAAGAGGAUUUGUUGAAUGUUGUGAGUAUGGUGAACGACGCGAAGACCGACGAUAUGUACGUGAAGAACGAUGUUGAGAAGGGUGAAUUCCAUCUGGACUUGUAUACCUUGCCGGAUGACUUGCUGCGUAAGCUUUGGGACUUCACCAAGGCUUGUGUGAAUGCGGCUGCUACGGCCUAAUUUCUUUCUUUAAAAUAAUUUGUUCUUGGCACGAAAAUGCGUACGGCCUGCAGUCGGAUACUCAGGCUUUAGGAUAGCUCAACGAAAUACACGCCUAUGAUUUCCGUGUAGAUGCC